GAAUUGCGUAAUAAGGAAAUCCAUAUAUGAAACAGGCAAUGUAUCCUGUCGAAGUUGAAGUUUUGAGGGAGACAGCAUGUUAAGCUUGACUUCAAGUAGAAGUAAAAAUCUAUCGUUAGACAUUAAAUAGAGCGAAGUGUGCAUCAGCACUAGAGCUCUGACUCACGUCAUUUUUGCCACAACAGAGUCACCUGGGCCAGUUAAUAAUAAAUAAGCGAGCCAUGAACUUGCUAUUAAACACGAGCUUGAACCACGGACAGGCACGAUUCGUUGAAUGUUGUUGCUGGUGAUUAUCACGUGGAUAAGAUCUCCAGUCACGUGGUGGCGCUAUCCUAACCUUGGAAAAAAAAAUUGCCAAGAAAAAAACAAAAUCCCGAGCGCUCGAGCUGGUGGUAACUAACUACGAAAGAAUAACCAACUGCUAUACAGGUCUCGAAGGCGCUGGCAGCCCACUGGAGAUCGCUGGAAACGGAAUAUUGACCUGCUAUUAAAUUGCCAUGGCUAUCGACAUUGAGACACCAUCUGCUCCCGCGCAGUCCCUCUCAAGCUCAUUGGAAACCCUCACAACCAGCCUUUCAAGCGCACUUUCCUCUCUCCCAACCUCCGAGCCACACGGUGAUGUCCCGGUAAAUAAUGCGUCUAUAUUGCCCCCGCCCGAUGGCAUCUCACUUCUUGACACAAAGAACGAAAUAUUCCUUUCCUAUCUGCAAAAUCUAGUUUUUGUGGUGGUUCUACAACUGAGGAAUCUGUCCAAGAGUAGAUCGUCAGACAAAACGAAUGGCACAGGACAAGGGAGUGGCGAGGAUGCAUCCCUGCAUAAAAAUGCUGUGAAAAAAUUGACAGAGCUACGGCUAUUCUUAGAGCGUGGUGUGCGACCAUUGGAAGGCCGCCUAAAAUACCAGGUUGAUAAGGUGCUAAAGGCAGCAGAAGACGCAGAGAGAAAUCAACAAGACGCCGCAUCGAAGCCAAAGAAAUCCCGGAAGGGAACAACGGAACUGGGGGAAGGAAGUGAUGGUGGAAGCCGAAGCGAAAGCGAAACUGGAUCAGGAAGUGACUCUGACGGUUCUGAGGACAGCGAGGACGAAGACGAAGAUGUUAAUGAGUUGGCAUACCGACCUAACUUGGCCGCUUUUUCGCGUGGAACUCAAGAUCAGGAAAAGUCCAAAGCACCGAGUAGGAAAGACACUGGCGAUGGUAUCUAUCGGCCGCCAAAGAUAAAACCCACAGCGCUCCUCACUACGACACCGGAUAGCCGCGAGGAGAAACGUGGCCGCCGCACCGCCAAAUCCGCCGUCAUUGACGAAUUCGUCUCUGCUGAGAUGUCCAGCGCACCCACUGCAGAGCCUAGCAUUGGCACAACGAUCCGGGCUGGAGGAAGAACAAUGCGGUCCGAGCGGGAGAGAGCACAGGAACUUGAGCGACGAACGUAUGAAGAAGGCAACUUCGUGCGGUUGCCGAAGGAGAGUAAGAAGGAACGGGCGAAGCGUGGAGGGAACCGUCCUGGGGGCUAUGGCGGCGAAGAUUGGCGAAGCCUGGGUGAGGGGGCCGAUAGGAUCGAACGACUCACGCGGCGUGGUAGAGAGGGUGGCAGAAGCACUGUCCUGGAGAAGAGCCGGAAAAGACGGGCUACGGAGGAUGGGCCGCGGGGCGAUGGAAUCAAUAUAGGCGAGAAUUUCGAGAAGCGCCGCAAAAAGAUAGCGACAUGGAAGCGGUAAAGCUUACAUCUUGUCUAUCUAUUAUUUGAAUAUCUCUAUUUUUCUCGCAAGUGGAGCUGGUCUGUCUACGAUAAUAAUUGAGUAUCCACUUGCAUGCUCUGGGUCCUAAAUAGGCGUUUUCCGGACGCUGCUUAAAUCACAACAUAACCCAUCUGUGCUGAAACCGCAGAUUGGUCAUCCCCCACUCUUCACGCGGCGCUCAUGAAUGGCUGAUUCACACCAUGGUGUAUGGAUAAUGAGAGAUGGCAGUGACUUUGUGAGGCGGUUGCUGUCUAAGCAAUCAAGAUUAAAGACGAGCCAUAGGUGGAACCAGGGCGAGGAUAUUUCAAUGGUUAGUUGUGUUCUCCGCUACGAGUCAUAUGUAGGAGCGUAAUUAAUAGAUCUCUCGUCAUGUGUUUCCGCGGUUUGCUGGCUUCCCUAUUUCCCACCAGUCUUCUCGCUACUUCACUGACAUCCGGUUCUCCUGACGUGAAAUCUAUAUGGCUCGUUAAUUCUGGGCCUCUGUCGCAAAUUCUUGUAGACUCGCUUUCAGCGCGGGUGUUAUCUCUCGUGGGGUUUGUCACAAAUUAAGGUUAACUAUUAAGGUUAUCUGGUGGGUCCGUAGGGCUGGCCAGGAUUUCCUAAUACAGAAAGUGUGGGUCAGGAGCAAUGACGUCAUCUACCAAAUUACACGUACCCGUAAGGUCAGAAACGCGGAUGUUACUAUACCAAUCUACCCAGUAUCUGUUGCCAUUCUCCGUUCAUAUAAUGUAUAUAGUUUCCCACAAUGGAAGACCCAGGUAAGGCAUUUCGUUUCUCUCAACUCGCCAAACAGCUCCCGUUUCUAAACAAGCCUUCUCGAUUCUUCAACAGUGGCUGAG